AUGUCAAACGAGGAGGCCAGUUCGUCUCAGAGCACUAAGCGGCCGAAAAGGCGUAAAGUAGAUUGUAGCGGAUAUUGUGGUUUAACUGAGGAGGAAGUCAAUAGUAUUUUAAGUCUGGUAGAUGAAGAUAUUUACUUGUCUGACGUUAGUGAAGAAGACCCCUUUCUCGAUAGCGGAAGCGAAUAUUGUCCAUCUUCUGAGGACUCUGAGAGCGAUCUGGAUGAAUUGGAACCGGAAAAUGAACAAGAAAAUCAGCAGGAAGAGGUAGGAAACGUUGAAGAUAAUAUUACUCACCCAACAGUUCUGGAAAUAAUUUGGACAAAAAAUGAGUUUCUACCGAAAAUACACGAAUUUGACACGACCAAUAGCGGUGUAAAAGACCAAAACCUCGACGAAAACUCAAAGGAAGUCGACUAUUUUCUUAGUUUGUUCACAGAAAACAUAGUGGAUGUUAUUUUGGAUGAAACAAAUAAUUAUGCACGCCAACAAAAUGCAAAAAACUGGAAGCAUUUAGAACGUUCCGAAUUUUACGUUUUUCUGGCUUUGACGUUGCUUAUGCCUCGCAAUAAAAAAGUGAACUUGAAGGAAUAUUGGUCCCAAAACCACUUACUGCUUUCACCUGCAUUUAGCAAACAUAUGUCAAGGGACAGGUAUGGCAUAGUAAAAUCUAUACAUUGCGAUUUGGGCAAUGCCAGGCUUCAGAAUAGACACUUUCCGGUGUCAGUUCCACGAAAACCAGGCAGUACUAAGGUUGGAUCCAGAAGAUGUUGGGUUUGUUCCCAUACAAAGCAGAAGCAAGCAAAAAGAAAAGAGUCCAGCUAUAUGUGCCCAGAAUGUGACGUUGGAUUAUGCGUGGUCCCUUGCUACAAAAUAUAUCACACAGAGGCUACUUUUUAA